AAAUCUAACCUUAGCUCAAAUUUCUGAAAAGUCGUGCUGCGCUUCUUCAAAAUUUCACAAGAGCGAGGCCGAUUUGUCAACAAUUUUGAAGACAAGAGACCAGAAACCAGGUAGAAAGAUACAUUUUUAGGUUUUCGAGGAUUGCUGAGCUUCACUAAGUUGAGAACUUGACAUCAUGGCCAGGAGGAGAUCUCUAAGAUUACAUCCAUCUGAUGGUGAUGAUGACGUUGUAUCCGAUGAGGAAAAUCUGAAUGAUUUGUCUUUCUAUGAUGGCCCUCCCUGGCAUCCUCCCAACGUCAUCUGUGAUAAUCUGAAUGAGUCAGGCAUCAGGAGUAAUGGGCACCUUGUUCAACAGCGAGAUGUUGAGAAUGUGGUGAAACUUUUGGAGGAGGACUGCACCGUCCCCUUUAUAGCACGUUACAGGAAGGAACAGACCAGUAAUAUGGAGGCAGCAGUAAUAAGAGAAAUAAAAUCUUCACUCGAGGAGCUGAAGGCAGUCCAGGAGAAGACAAGAUUUCAUCUGCUGAAACUUGGAAAGGAAAAAAAGUUAUCGACGGACAUACGGGAAAAGCUCUGUAACUCCUACAGCAUGGAGCAACUGGAACAAUUGGUUGCUCCUUUUAAAAGUGGUUCAAAAACAACAUUGGCUGAGAGAGCCAGAAAGGCUGGAUUAGAGCCUGCAGCAGAGAAAAUUUUGGGAGAUAAAGGUCUCUUUAACGUACAGGACUACAUCCAGUCAGAAGGAUGUACAAGGACUGCUAAAGAGGUAGAGGAAGGUGUGCAGCACAUUGUUGCUGAAGUGAUAUCCAAGGACAAGGCCACAGUGGACUAUCUGAGAUCUUGUGUGAAAGAGAUGAGUUCACAGAUAUUCUUAUGUGUGAGCAAAGCCUCGCAGGCGAGGAAGAAGACCAAGAAAGACCAGCAAGUAGACUUUGAGAAAUUCCAGUCCUACAUGGACAAGAAGCACUGCAUAAAUACGGUCAGACCUCAUCAGGUCUUGGCCAUAAACCGAGGAGAAGAGCUCAAAGCUCUCUCCGUCAAGGUUAGUCUACCGGACAGACUCAACGAGAGAUUCAUCCACUGGUGCAAGACUAAGUGGUGCUCCAACACUCAGCCCAACUCAUAUGCUGCUAGGAUCAUCUGUAUUUCAGUAGAGGAUUCCUAUAAUCGUCUUAUGGCUCCGAUGAUCAUGAGGGAGAUCAGAUCCAAGUUGAACAAAACUGCAGAGAAAGCGUCCAUUGAAGUAUUCACCCAAAAUCUCCAUCGGUUACUACUUACACCACCGGUCAAAGGCAGGGUUAUAUUGGGAAUAGACCCAGGGUUCAAGAAUGGCUGCAAGCUAGCCGUCAUAUCUGCCACAGGUGAAAUCGUAAUGACUGAUGUAAGCUACAUGCAUACGGGGAAUAGGUAUCUUGAGAAGCGAAGAAUGACCGAUCUCAUCCGUAAAUUCCAAUGUGAAACCAUCGGCAUAGGUAAUGGAACAGCGUGUCGUCAAACUGAGGAGUUCAUUUCAGAGGUCAUAAGGUCAAAUUCUUUUCAUCCACUUCAUGUCCAAUAUUGCAUUGUGAAUGAAGAUGGAGCAUCAAUAUACAGUGUGUCACCUGAAGCUGAGAAAGAGAUGCCAAAGUUAGAUCCAAACAUUAGAAGUGCAGUAUCAAUCGCAAGAAGACUUCAAGACCCUCUUGCUGAACUUGUCAAGAUAGAUCCAAAACACAUAGGUGUUGGCAUGUACCAGCAUGAUGUGCCAGAGAGAUUACUGAAGGCAGCGUUAGGAGAUGUGGUAGAGGAAUGUGUGAGUUUCGUUGGAGUGGAUCUCAACAUUUGUUCAGAAGUUCUGCUCAAAUGGGUCUCAGGCAUCUCAGCGGGUCUAGCUAAGAAGAUAAUAGCCCACCGUCAGAGGGUUGGAGCAUUCACCAAUCGUCAGGUGCUGCUCGAUGUGAAGGGCCUUGGACCCAAGACCUUCAAACAGUGCGCCGGGUUUGUCAGGAUCAACCCCUCGAGUAAUAAUACCGCUGAGCAGACUACCAAGGAUGAGGUCAUCGUCAUAUCGACAAGUGAGGAUGAAGAAGACGUAAAACCCUUGGCAAGAAAACGAGGGAAGACAUCGGCCGGGCCAUCAAAGAGAAGAAAGAAAGCAGCUCCCCCUCCUCCCACUGAGCCAGAGCCACUGGAUGCCACCUGGAUUCAUCCAGAAUCUUAUGAAGAAACAAGAAAACUCUUAAAGAUGGCGUUUGCAAGUGGAAAGGACAUUGGCAGUGAGAGCAUCAAACAUAAACUAGACAAUCUGAUCAAGUCAAGAGGUAAAGAAUCAUUAGCAGAGAGUAUUGGUGUGGGCGAGCCGACAUUAGACUUGAUUAUCAAUGGAUUGCAACAACCAAGAAAUUAUGAUAUCCGAGUGGAAUUUGAGAAGCCUCUGUUCAAGCAGGAAAUCAUCACGAUCGAGCAAAUCAUGCCGGGCAUGAGACUCUCCGGACGGGUGGUCAACGCAGUCCACUUUGGAGUGUUUGUAGACGUCGGCUUGGCAGACCACGGCCUCUGCCACAGAAACCACAUGCCGCAUCACAUCUUGCAGGGAAAGGUCCUGGGACCGGGCGACAAGGUAGAGGUGGUGGUCACGGAAAAGAAACUGGUGAACGGAAGAAAGUGGAAUAUUAGCUUGAGACUUGUAGGUUUAAGCUGAUAUGUCCGUCUGCGUGUUUGGGAUAGUUGUAGGUGUGUCACAUUGUAGGGGGAAAGGUCUUGGGACUGGGCGAUAAGGGGAGGUGGUGGUUAUGGAAAAGAAGUUCAUGAACAGAAGAAAGUGGAAUGUCAGCUUGAGAAUCGUAGGUUUAAGUUGAGCUGUCCUUCUGUCUGUCUGGCAUAUUUCUAGGUGUGUCCGUAUGUCACUUUCAAAGACUAAUUGUCUUUUUUUUUCUCUUUUUUUUAAGCUCCUGUGUGAUUUUUAUAUGUGUCCUUGGUAACAUGUCAUUUGCUCUUAAUAAGGAUGGAUGGGACAUUGCUAAUACUUUUCAUCUGUUCUCUCUUAUCUUCUCUAUGAUUUCUAUAUGUCUCUUGGGUAACGAUAUCUGAAGAUAUAAGAUGAGGGUUAGGGUUGUGAUGGGUAUUUAGUUCAGAAUCAUUUGAGGAUUAAGUUUAAGCUCAGGUUUGAAGCUCGUGUUUAUGUUUGGCCUAAUGAGUGAAUUUCAGUAGGAUCAAUGGUAUGUUGCAGGGGCAAAAUAUCUCUUUAUUUCCAAUCCAUCUUGUACAAGGCUUAUUUAUUGAUGAUGGAGAUAAUGAAUAUAGUAAAAAAUGAAGUAAUAUGCACAUAGUAAUGAUGAUAAUCUCUUCACAAAGCUGUAAGGAGAAUAUCACUUUCAAAAUGUUGAUUUCUGUAUGUUUCUUUUUUUAUUGGCCAAUACACUUAUCUCUCAUUCUAACUCGCCUUGAACAAGGCUUAUAUAUCGAUGAUGAGGAAAGUUUAUGGAAUGUAAGCAGUGUUCCAAACCUUGUCGCAGAGUUGUUACGAGAACAUUACUUUGAAAGUAUAUGAUUUAUAUAUGCUUCUUGUUUUAUCGGCCAAUGCUUGUAUCUCCUAUUCCAACUCACCUUGGAAAAGGCUUGGUCCUAUUUAUUGAUGACGAAGAUGAUGAGUAAAGUUGUAAGCAAUCCUCAUCACAGAGUUGCUACGAGAAUAUCAUUUUGAAAGUGUAUGAUUGUCAUGUUUCUGUCAAUAUCUCUAAUUCCAACUCACCUUAUACAAGGCUUUGAUUGCUGAUGAUGAGUAAAGUCGAAGUCAUGUAAGCAAUGACUGUAACCUCAUCACAGAUUUCUUUAUCACAUGGCAAGCUCAGUUUGACAAAAGAUGUUGAUUUUAUUUAGCAUUCAAGAAUGCCAUAAGGCAAUGCAAUGCAAGAAUGUAAGUCAUAAACUGCAAUUAAGUAUAAACAACUCUAAAUCACAACUUAAAUUUAAUCCAUUGUUUUCUUUACAUUCCUUUCAAGUUCAGGGAAAAUGUGGGUAAAUUUUUUUUUCUGUAGCAGAGAUAAAAACCCCUGAAGAUAAAAAGUGGUAGUUGCCACCGCUUACUGCAUUACAAAAGUUAAAGUAGUAAGAAUUUAUUUGAGUGCAAUUACAGGCCUACGUUAAUAAAUUUACAAAGGUCUUAUUUUGAGAAAUACUGAACGUUGAUUCAGGUUGUGUUUAAUAUUGUUUUAUUCU